GCAGACUGGAGAGGCAGUGAGUGUGAAACUCCACAUUUUGCUCUUCUUCGACGCCCUCGUGCUCCUGCCCUCAAGACUGUGAGCUGAAUUCUGAUUGGAGGAAUGGAGUGCCAAUCUGUCCUGCACCAGUGAUCAGGCCAGGAGACUCCAGUGGUGACAUCCUGUGGAGCCACAGAUCAAAGGCGAGGAGGCUGUUUUACCACUGCUGGAACUGAAUAUUGCUUUAAAUAAGCAAGUCCUUGUAGAAGGUUUUUUUUGAGCCAUGAUGCAAGAUUCUGGGACGGAGGCGACGAGAAAUGGACCAGCCAAUCAAAAUGGAGGAGCGAGCGUGGAGGGCGGGCCAAGGGAGGGGCGACCCAAGAGUGCCACGCCGUCAAUGGAGGUGACUGCAGCUGACCUCCUGCAUCUCCAGCAGCACCAGGCUCUCCAAGUGGCUCGGCAGAUACUCCUCCACCAGCACCAGCAACAGUCCCAGCCACAGCAACUGCAGUCUCUACAAAACACUGGCCGCAAAUCCCCCAAAGCCAACGACAAGCAGCAGAGCCUACAGGUUCCACUUUCAGUGGCUAUGAUGACACCUCAAGUGAUAACUCCACAGCAGAUGCAGCAAAUCCUUCAGCAGCAGGUCCUGAGCCCUCAGCAGCUCCAGGUUCUUCUCCAGCAGCAACAGGCCCUCAUGUUACAGCAGCAGCAACUCCAAGAGUUCUACAAGAAGCAGCAGGAACAGCUCCACCUCCAGCUUUUACAGCAGCAGCAGCAACAGCAGCAGCAGCAGCAGCAGCAGCAGCAUGCGGGCAGCAAGCAGAGUAAAGAGCAGCAGGUGUCAGCACAGCAGUUGGCCUUCCAGCAGCAGCUCCUGCAGGUCCAGCAGGUCCAGCAGCAGCAUCUGCUCAACCUUCAGAGGCAAGGGCUGCUCACAAUCCAGCCCGGACAGACCGGCCUGCCCCUGCACUCCCUCACUCAGGGCAUGAUUCCAGCAGAGCUGCAGCAACUGUGGAAGGAGGUUACACAUGCUCACGUGAAGGAGGAGCACAACAACGGCCACCGGGGCCUUGACUUGUCCUCCCCGGCACCGCCAAAGAACCCACUCCUCAACCAGCAUGCCUCCACCAACGGGCAGUACAUGAGUCACAAGAGAGAAGGAUCCACGCUAGAAGACCAUUCCCCCCACAGCCACCCUCUCUACGGUCACGGUGUUUGCAAGUGGCCUGGAUGUGAGGCGGUGUUUGAUGAUUUCUAUUCAUUCCUCAAGCAUCUUAACAAUGAGCACGCCCUGGAUGACAGGAGCACGGCCCAGUGUCGGGUGCAAAUGCAGGUCGUACAACAGCUGGAGCUGCAGCUAGCGAAAGACAAAGAGCGUCUGCAAGCGAUGAUGACGCACCUUCACGUCAAGUCCACGGAGCCCAAAGCCAUCCCACAGCCGCUCAACUUGGUGUCUAACGUCACAUUGUCCAAGUCGGCCCACGAGGCCUCUUCUCCUCUGAGUCUGCCCCAGACUCCCACCACACCCACAGCACCCCUCACACCGCUGUCCCACACCCACUCCGUCAUCACAGCCAACAGCCUCCACAGCGUGGGCCCCAUGCGACGACGCUACUCAGAUAAAUACAACAUGCCCAUCUCUCCAGAUCUCAGUCAGAACAAAGAGUUUUACAUGAAUGCAGACGUUAGACCGCCGUUCACGUACGCUUCACUAAUAAGACAGGCAAUCCUCGAAUCUCCAGAAAAGCAGCUAACACUAAACGAAAUCUACAACUGGUUCACACGAAUGUUUGCAUAUUUCAGGCGCAACGCGGCUACGUGGAAGGGUGCCAUUCGCACCAACCUUUCCCUGCAUAAGUGCUUUGUGAGAGUAGAGGAUGAGUUUGGGUCCUUUUGGACCGUUGAUGAUGACGAGUUUAAGCGUGGCCGCCACAUACAGCGAGGCCGUCCGCGGAAAUACGCCGCUGAUGAGAACUUUGACGAGCUGCUCGUACAAAGUCCCGCCUUAGUGAAGAACAUUCAGACCAGCUUGGGCUAUGGUCCGACCCUCUCUGCUGCCUUCCAGGCUUCAAUGGCAGAAAACAACAUACCUCUAUACACUACUGCUUCCAUUGGAAGUCCCACCCUCCACUCCCUGGCGAACGCCAUCCGGGAGGAGAUGAAUGGAGCGAUGGACCAUGGAAACAGCAACGGCAGUGACAGCAGCCCGGGACGCUCGCCCCUGCUAGCUAUGCAUCACAUCAGCGUUAAGGAGGAACCACUGGACCCCGAAGACCACGAAGGGCCCCUCUCCCUGGUAACGACCGCCAAUCACAGUCCGGAUUUCGAUCACCACAGAGAUUACGAUGACGACCAGGGCCACGACGACAUGCUGUAAGGCUAGCGGCGCCCCUCCCCCCCCACCCUCCCCGGGCCUCAGAGACAGAGGCAGUCUGGGUCAUCUGGGAGACAGAAAGCGCUCCGCAGAUAACAAACUGAAAUGCACUCUCAGCUCUGAAAUGUCUCCCAGUUCACUUUUUAGUGCCAUUACAACACAUACAAGAACACACACUCAAAAGUAACACAGCCCCACGUGAGGGAUUCUUUUUUUUUCUUAUUUACCUUUUGAUUUAAGUAAAGCUUAAAAAGUGAAACUUCAUUUCUACUCAUGUGUGGGAUGGACUCGUUUGGUACGGGGGCGACGCGUUCGCGGUCAGAGACCCUCGCCGCGCAGCCGGCAUGGACUGCACUCAGCGGGCUGCAAGAGGGCCCCCCCUCCCCCGCUCUCUCUCCCUCCCUCUCUCACACACCUGACCACAAACUCAAAAGAGAGAGAGUGACUGACGUUUAAUUUACACCGCGUGUGUGUGUGUGUGAACGAGGCGAGCGCGGACUUCUGUUCAUUGUCACUGCCUUCAACACUUCUCAUUGCUUUGAUUCCAUCUCGGGUGGGACGUGUGUUGUUUUUAU